ACUACCCAAUCCUUGAAUCACACACUCUCUUUCACAAACACCAAAUCGGCGAUUUCCAUUUUUAAUCUUUAUUUGGCCAGAUGGAAACCGGAGGGAAAGUGAAAAAGGGAGCCGGAGGGAGGAAAGGUGGAGGGCCAAAGAAGAAGCCCACUUCUAGAUCGGUCAGGGCGGGUUUGCAGUUUCCCGUUGGGAGAAUCGGGCGGUAUUUGAAGAAAGGAAGAUAUUCGCAGCGGGUCGGAACUGGGGCUCCAGUUUACUUGGCCGCCGUUCUGGAGUAUCUAGCUGCUGAAGUGCUGGAAUUGGCUGGAAAUGCAGCAAGAGACAACAAGAAGAACAGAAUAAUACCAAGGCAUGUAUUGCUUGCUGUGAGAAACGAUGAAGAGCUUGGAAAGUUGCUUGCAGGUGUAACAAUUGCUCAUGGAGGUGUACUUCCCAAUAUUAAUCCUGUUCUGUUGCCCAAAAAGACUGAGAAAGCCACCAAGGAACCCAAGUCACCAUCUAAAGCCACUAAAUCUCCCAAGAAGGCUUAGGCCAAUUUCAGUUCCCUAACCAUUCUGUCUUCUGUAUGUAAUUUAGGGUUCAUUGCUGGUUUAUUUUGUAGGUAAAGUUGUUUGAAUCAAUUUGUAGUCCAUUAGAUCUUUGUAAUACCAUGUUAGGAUUUGACCUAUUAAGAUUAAUGGAUUGAAACUACUUGUUUCCUCUUCUUUAAGAAGAGUAGAGAAUAUAUUUCCUUCAAUAUAUAUUUUUUUUGCUUCCUAUUUAA